GCUUCGCGGCCAAGGGGCGCAGCAGAGCGUUUCCGACCGCGCGAGGCGGGAGGAGGUGGAGUGCCGUGCACGAGGGUCGUGUGGCCGCGGGCCUAGGUGGCGCCAGGCACUCUGAAGUGUUGAGGAAGAGUCAGGGGGAGUUUAGGCUCCUGCCUGGGCUUUAAGCUGAAGUUUGAGUGCACCACGGUUCACACAGGAAACGUAUGCGGCUUCAUUGGCGGCCCCUUGGAGGGCACCGGCCUGACGAGCCGACGAGUAAACCGAGGCGCCCGACGCAGCCAGACGCAGCGGGAGAGCGUCCUUCUGAUGGUUGUGGGCAGGUUGAGGCCCGGAGGGCGGGUUGCCCAGCGCGGGCCGAGGGUAACAAAACGGACUGCUUCUAGCCGGAGAAGCUCAUGGCAGCCUCGCACCUGCUGAAGGCUUAGGGAACUGGCUGUUAAUUCAGAAGACAUCUGCUCGAAGCACUGGAGCAUCCUUGGCACCUGCAGCGCAGAGGGGAGCUUGAAGAGGGCGAAAAAGGAUCUCAGGAUGGAGAAAAGGUCCUGGAUGAUCUGGGAGGACCUGAAGUCAUCCCCCUGUAUGUGUGAAGGGGGCAGGGAAGAGCGGGCCCUGAGGAGAAGGCACGACGACAGAGGCAGUGCGGGGAGUGAUGCAGCCACCAGGAGCCCCCAGAGGGUGUGCGGCCUGACUCCAAGAUUGCAGCUCAAUGAAAUGGAUUUUGGGGCUCUGGCCUCUAAAUUGAGGAUAAACCUCUCUGUUCAGCCACCAAGUUUGUGGUGACUUGUUACAGCAGCCACGAGAAAUGAGUACAAAUGGGAAAGUCAAGGAUUCCAAAAAGAAAUGACUGGACCCAGGGCCCGGCUUGGACCCUCCUUGCUGCCGGACCGUGUCCUUGUGACUCGACCACUAGUAUCACCUGCUCCUGGAACAAAUGCUUUCCAAAGAAGGCUCCCUGGUGCCUUGCUGGCAAAUAAGGUGGCGUCUGCAGCCCCACAGCCCCCAGUGCUGCACAGCAUGUGCUCCUGGUUGAGAGCCCCGGCUCCUGGCCAGGGCCUGCAGCCCUCACUAUGGACAGGUGAGGAGCAGGGCUUGUAGUUGGUGACAUGGAUCCUGGGACACAGAACAGCCACCACAGGCUCCAUUCGUGACACGGAAUGUCUAGCUUUGGCUGCUAGCUCCAAGGUCACCUCAAGUCCUACAGCCAGGAGCAGCCGGCACCCCCCAGCACACCUGUCGUCAUCCCUGGGAAAGACACACGUGUAAAGGACACAGAGCCUUUGGCUGUAUUAUUAGACUUUUUAAACCAAGUGCAAAUGUUAUCAGGUGCUCUUGAGAGCCGCAAGGACCUGUGCCUGCUGGAAUACACACAUGCCAGCUGCCCACCUGCUGGGAAAGCCACACAGGCGGCGCUACUGUUCUCCGAUCUCCAGGUGAUGCCCUGGGAAGGUCACAGCUGCUGAAACCUUUAAAACCCCAGGUGGGGCCAACAUUCUCUGUGGGGAUUUGGAGUUGCUGCAGCUCUCAGUUGCUUCCCUUUGUGGAUUUUUUCUUCAAGCAGCAAAAGGAGAAAAUUGACACUGAAGAAUAUCAAUUCUUGAUUCUCGGCAGGAUUCCUGUAUUUGUGGAAGUCACGUUUCAGGUGAGUGUGACGCACGGCCCGGGGAAGGUAGGCAGCAGUCCCAGAAGCCCCGCGGGGUCCCUCCUGGUGACCGGCCACUCUGGGAAGGGUCCCGGAGCGUCUCGGCUGGCUGGGUCUCUGGAGCGGGGAGGGCACUGAGCUGGUGUCCCAGCGGCUCCCGGGACCUCCUGGGCUGGUGACCAGCACAGGGGCUCACCUGGGGGCAGGUGAGAAGGUCUGAGGCUUGUUACUUGCCACUUGGUGUCUGGCUCUCCGUCCCACCUGCUCCAGAAUGAGGGCGGCCAGGCUGAUGGGUGCGCUGCUCGCCCUGGCUGGCCUGCUGCAGCUGGCCCUGUCCCUGAGAAUAGCAGCCUUCAACAUCCGAACUUUCGGGGAGACCAAGAUGUCCAAUGCCACUCUCUCCAACUACAUUGUGCGGAUCCUGAGUCGCUACGACAUCGCCCUCAUCCAGGAGGUCAGAGACAGCCACCUGACGGCCGUAGGGAAGCUGCUGAAUGAACUCAACCAGGACGACCCAAACAACUAUCACCAUGUUGUCAGCGAGCCGCUGGGACGCAGCACCUACAAGGAGCGCUAUCUCUUCGUGUUCAGACCUGACCAGGUGUCCGUGCUGGACAGUUACCUGUACGACGACGGCUGCGAGCCCUGCGGGAACGAUACCUUCAAUCGGGAGCCAUCUGUGGUCAAGUUCUCCUCCCCCUUCACCCAGGUCAAGGAGUUUGCCAUCGUUCCCCUGCAUGCAGCCCCGUCGGAUGCAGCGGCUGAGAUUGACUCUCUCUACGAUGUCUACCUGAACGUCCGGCAGAAGUGGGAUCUGGAGGACAUCAUGCUGAUGGGCGAUUUCAACGCUGGCUGCAGCUAUGUGACCACCUCCCACUGGUCAUCCAUCCGCCUGCGCGAGAGCCCCCCCUUUCAGUGGCUGAUUCCUGACACCGCUGACACCACGGUUUCAUCCACACACUGUGCCUAUGACAGGAUCGUGGUCGCAGGGCCUCUGCUCCAACGUGCCGUGGUUCCCGACUCCGCUGCCCCCUUUGACUUCCAAGCUGCAUUCGGACUGAGCGAGCAGACUACAGGUGAAAAGACUGAGAAAAGAUAACUGCAACAGACGAAGUAUACAGACUUCCCAGACACACCCUGGCAAAACUCACGCCCCAGAUGGGGGAAAGGACCUUUCAGAGCAACCUGUUCCCCCAACAGCCUCCAAAUGGAAACGACCCACAACCGUCCAGCUAAAUGAAGUGAAUAAUUGUGCUAAGGUGGAUCCAUGUCCUGAAGUGGUUCAGCUGUGAACAUGGACCAAGUACAGUCGUAGUUCAGGCACAUUCUGUGUCUUACAGGUAAAAGGACAGCUGCUCGCAUACAAUUUUACAACAUUACCUGACAGGUCAGCAACGAGCACACCUGCUCCCUGGGCAUCGAGAGCCCCAGGCCAGCAGCUCACCUGGGGUUGAUCUCCAGCGUGGGCUGCAGCAACUGGGCGCGCUCCUCCUGGGUCUUGGCGAGCUGCUGCAUGCGCAGGAAGUGCCGGGCGGCCCCCAUCUCCAGCACGGUGAUCAUGGCAGGGUGGGUGUCCAGUCGAAGAGUCACCUGCAGGCAAGGCCAGGGGUGAGGGGCUCUGGCAGAGUCCUGACCAGGUGUGACUUCCCCUGCUGACAAGGCAGGAGAAGGUAGGGGUGUCCCUCCCCGCUCCCAGUUACCACCAACAGGAGGGGCCUGAAUUGCAUCCUGUUUGGGAACCCCCUCCUCUUCUAUGCCCCAGAGCCACCAACUGCUAACACACCUGUUACCAUCCAAGGUCCAUCCUGCCUGGUGUUACCCGCACUUCUCACAGAGACCACUGCCAAAUCCUACAGCAACCACGCCAGACCUGCCAGGACUGGCCACCCCACUUCCCAAGACCCAGCCUCUCUCAAUCCUGUCCAGCUCCUGCAGACGCUCGUCUCACCGCCCAGCCCUGUGGCUCCCUCUGUCCUUUAUUUCAUCAGAUACACCUUUUCCCACCGAGCCCCACGGCCUUUGGGCCUCCUGACUCAACUGGGCCUGCUGGGCCCACGGCCGCCCUUACCAGCCUGGUGUGGAUCUAGCCCCCCAACUUCCUGACCUGGGGACGUGCUCCAUUUCCUUCAUAGGAUACGGACAGUAACUCUACCCACCCCCUGGCUACCUGAGAGGUGUCACCGUUGCCAAGUGUGGACAUGACACAUGUGUUACAUCAAGAAAUCCCUCUGCAGGCCUUGCUCCCUGCUGGGACACCGUAUCCCCGAAUCUGCCUUCCUCCGCUCCUGGCAUCCCUACCCUGCUCACCUGCCUGUCCCCUGGGGGGCCACUUCUGAACAUGUCCCCCAGCCAGUGACAUCUGUUCUCUGGGAACUGUCUUGCUUCUGCAGCUUGAGUUGGAUCAGGGGGUUCCUAGCUCACUGCAAGUGCUAUGUUCUCAGCCACUGCCGCUCCUCCAGGCCUGGACCAGGAUGGCUCUGAGGGACAAUGAGGGACCCCUCUUUUCUGCUUUGAGCUGCCAUUCAGGGCCUUGGCUGCUCACCUGCCACCUUAUUUGCCAUUUGCUCUGCUAAGUGGAGGGAACAGGCAGCUGAGCUUGCCCAUCCCGCCUCAGCAACAGCCCCGGGCGUGCCCACACCCCGUGUAGAAGCAGCAGUGACCGGCCAGGUCUCCACCUGCUAUCACAGCUCUGACCACUACUGCGAGAGCGCCCCCCGGGCCAGCAACCCAGAGUUGGCAGGCUGGCCAGCGUGUGGUUGCCAGGGGCCAUGGCAGCCAGUCUCUGGGAGGCCUCACCUUCACAUUGGUGACACGGGACCCCAGUGCGUUUCUCAUCCAGGCCAUCAGGUCCUCCAUCUCCUCCUCUGAUAGGCGGUCGCCAGCUACAGGAGAGCAGAGAGGCGUGGGCUCAGAGGCCGUCACCACAAU